ACGCGGCGGAGCAAAGACUGCGGGCUGAAGUGAUCGAUCAGGAUCGAUCCCACUUUGACAAAUUAUUACAUUCAUAGUUACAGUGCGCUGCGAUCGUCUGGGUGACUGUCAGCCACCAAAGGCGCACCAGCGGGACGCAAUUAAAGCGUAUUAUCAGAGUGUUGUUUGUGGACUAUAACGGAAUAAGCAGAGGUUUGGAUGCAGGAGAAUCUCAGCUGUGUGGCGGAUGAGAUGCCAACGCUGCCGAGUAAGAAGACUCGUGUGUGAUUCUGACAAAGCUGUUUGAUUUCAUCCGGGAAGAAGAAGGAAAAAAAGAGGCACCACUCCCGUUUUUUUUGUGUUUGUUUUGCUCCUGUCUAGGACGCAAAUGUCUCCACAUCAGAGACACACCACUGGAUUGUAGCAGCAGCCCCACCGAUGGUUUGAGAGGGCGUUAAGGCGCGGGAAGGGAGUGGGACAAUUACAGGAUGAGUGAGCGAUACACGCAGAUCGGAAGUAAAGGGGCUCUACUUGUAAUGGUGCUCGUGAUCGGUGUCUGGGAGAUGACCGUACCGACAGAAGGAGCUAGAGCAGUUCACCAUGUCCCAACAGGCACCUGCGAGGUGGUGGCGUUGCAUCGCUGCUGCAACAAGAACAAAAUCGAGGAGCGGUCACAAACUGUGAAGUGCUCCUGCUUUCCGGGGCAAGUGGCCGGCACCACCAGAGCCGCCCCGUCGUGUGUCGAUGCCUCCAUAGUGGAGCAGAAGUGGUGGUGUCAGAUGCAUCCGUGCCUUGACGGAGAGGAAUGCAAAGUUCUCCCCGAUCUGAAGGGCUGGAGCUGUGCUACAGGGAACAAGAUCAAAACUACUAAGAUUUCGGCGGACAAAGAGCAGCUUUGGUAACGUCAGACGCUUCACAGGCGAAACAACACUUCUGGUCUUUGUCGGAUCAUCAAAAGAGAAGUAAUUCAAAGGACCUUUCUGUAAAUAGAGACUUCCUUUCUUCUGGAGUGUAAUUAAUCUUUGGAAAACUCUGAAUGCGUCUUCUUGAACUCUAUGGACAUCAAGCAGCUCUUCUUUUGGAAGGACUCCAUAUGAUUAGCCUUACUGGACGACAGGAUUUAUUCUCCGACAUUGUACUGCUUGUAGUGGAACGCAACGCUGACCGUUGCCCGUUUGUUCGUUUCUAGAGUCAUACGUCCAUUACAGGGGACUUGCAGCACAAGUGGACCAGGGUGAGCAAGAAGGACAGUUUGUUGUAAGCAUCGCAAAUACUCAAUACAAAAUGUGAUUUUUGUUUUAUUAGUCGAUUGUGGCGUUCUUCUCUAAUGACGUGUAGUUUCGUGAGUUCAGACUUAGAUGAAAAUAUGUGGCUGACCUGCGGAUAUUCAGGGUGAAUUUCAAAGAAAUAUACAACUACAUUCAUACCGUUUGCCAUAACACAGAAGGGGUCAAAGAAACCUAAUUCAAUUUGAAAACUACAACCCUUUAUGAGGCCUGCUGAACUUAACCAGCGCUGUAAAAUGGUAUAAACUGAUCAGAACCAGCUGUAAACAGACAGAAAGUUGGAACCAGUCGUGUUUUUUUUUUUCCUUUGAAAAUCACUCUGGCAUUUCCUGCCGCUUCUGCCAGAUUUUGUUUUUGUAUCACAGCUCUGGAGUUCAAAUUCUAGACAACAGCAGUGUAAAUUAAACACACGGCGUCUGGUCACUGGGCAACAAUGCUCCCGAAACUCAAAUAUGAUUUGCUGAUCACCUUUCAGUAGGUAUCGCUGACACUUCCUUUGUCUGUGCAAGUGAUGACAUCAGUAAUAAACUAUGGUUGU